UGUCAGCCUUGAGAAUGGCCUUCUGUCCCAUUGAAGGCACUGAAUAGGAGCGAGAGAACCGUCAACGUAGAUUUCAUCUUCCUGCCUUGAUGGGACUCCUACUUCUGUUGCUUCUCUUGGCAGAGGAACUAUGGCUCAUGCCAAGUCUUGAAAGCAAACACAGUCCACCUGUCCCCGAGGAAUUCACUGCACCCCUGGAGCUCCAGCAGCAGCACUUUGGCUUGGUGGAUGAUUACGGUAUUAAACCAAAGCACCCCCAGCUCCGGACAUGGACACAGCGCAAGAAAUCGGAAAAACUGCACAAAGCACAUAAGAGCAAGCGAGAUGAGCCCAAUUUUGAGGAGUAUUACUAUGAUGACCUCCUUUGAUGCCCAUCUGUGAAGAGAACAUUAUAAGAGCCGUCUCUUAAGUGACCAUGUAUCCAUGGAAUUGUCAAUCAUUGGCAAAAAAAAAAAAAGUUAGACAAAUGGGUGUGCUAUGCCCAAAUCUCUGCUAUGGUUAUCUUCUCUGGCUCUCACCUGCCGUGUUUUCUUUCCCUCUUGCCCAAGAAUUCCUUCUUAGCUCUUAGUCAAACUAUGAUUCCAAAUUCUAUUGGAAAUUUGGUUACUGUGCAAAAUUCUAUAGUGUGAACAUGUAGGUAUUUUCUAUUUUGCUAAGUUGAUUACAUUAUUUGAAUAAGUAGUUGUUUGCUUUUUUUAAAAAAAAGAAUAAUAACACACAGCUCUGAAGUUCUGGCUUCUUUUUUUAUGGUGCCCUGCAGAUCAAAUAUGCUGUGAAGGCCAUUUUAGAAGGGCUCCUUUGCUGAAAACAACAGCUUUGCCAGAG